CAGCCGGGGCCGCAGUCGCGGCAGUCGCCACAACCCCGAAGGCCGCGUCCCGCCACCAUGGCCAAAUACCUAGCUCAGAUCAUCGUGAUGGGGGUGCAGGUGGUUGGAAGGGCCUUUGCCCGGGCACUCCGGCAGGAAUUUGCAGCCAGCCGGGCAGCAGCAGAUGCUCGUGGGCGAGCCGGUCAUCAAUCUGCAGCUGCGUCAAACCUUUCUGGACUUAGCCUUCAGGAAGCCCAGCAGAUCCUCAAUGUCUCCAAGCUGAGCAGAGAGGAGAUCCAGAAGGUGGUUCGAGCUAAGGAGCGGCUAGAUGAAGAACUCAAAAUCCAGGCCCAGGAUGAGAGUGAGAAAGGGCAGCAGCCCAAAACGUGACCACCUAGCCUCGCCUAUCUUUGCUUCAGUGUGAAUAACUUAUAGCUCGGUAAUAAAUCUCUUUUCUGCAAAAAAAAAAAAAAAAA